CCCUGAUUGGGGCCCACGGGGCGCUCCGGCGUCCACAAAGCGAUGCGGCCUCGCGGUAGUCAGUCGGCCGUUGCACACCCCGAGGGAUGCCUCGCGUCUACCACCAGCAUGAGAUGGAAUUCGCCGCUUUUCGCCCCGGCUUCGGCCAGCCGACCGUCCUGCAGCGCCUGGGGCUCGAGCCCCAUCUGCUGUCCUCCACGGUGCACCUCCAGCAGUACCUGCGCUACGCCGAGCCCCUGGAGCUGGCCUACCCGCUGGACCUGAGCCUCAAGAGCCAGACGCCCAUCACGCCGCCGUGCACGCCGUCCCCGGGGGUGAAGCGCGCGCAGUCGCCCGCCGAGGCGUCGCCCAAGAAGAAGGCGCCCGCCAACCCCACGCCGAAGAAGUCCAAAGCCACGCGCAAGCUCAACUUCGACGAGGACAACAGCUCGCCGGUCUCGGGCACCAUCAUCAGGGAGCUGCGCCCCGACGAACACCUGGUGGUGCGGAAGGGCGACAUCGACCCGGCGUUCAACGUGGUGGAGGUCACCGAAGAGGCCAAGGCGGAGCUGGCCAAGAUCGAGAACCACAUCGGGGAUUACGUUUGCCGGCUCUGCAAGGAGCUCUACGAGGAUGCUUUCGGGCUGGCGCAGCACAGGUGCUCCAGGAUCGUCCACGUGGAGUAUCGAUGUCCGGAGUGUGAUAAGGUCUUUAACUGCCCGGCGAAUCUCGCCUCGCAUAGGAGGUGGCACAAGCCCAGGCCCACCAAUAACAACAAGGAGAGCAAAAGUGAGGAGAACGAGGACACUUCCGAGCAAUUUCCUUGCGGAGAGUGCGGGAAGAGGUUCAGGAGGAUUGCGUAUUUGAGAAAACAUCAAGCGAUUCACCAGAUUGACUGACAAAGACUUGUUCCGGUUAGACCCAUACCGAGGAUGGCGCCCAGGCUGUGGAGACCUCCACCGCUACCACCUGUGCAAGUCAGCAGCGCAUCCGAGCGGUAUGUUCCCAGUAUUACGUGGCUGAACCAUUUCUAAUUUUUGUACAUUUUGUAAAUCUUGUAUAAUCACUCUAGUCUGCGAAACUAGUCAUUGUAUUAUGUUUAGGUAAUUUGAGUACAAAUUAAUUUAAUUAUUUAGUCACUGUUUCUAGUCCAUGUGCAACCGGUUGCAAUAUUUUAUUUUUCGCGUUUCUAGUCACUUUAUUUUUCUAGUCAAGUCAUUAAUUUAGGUUUGUCGCAAUGUUCCAGAUUUUUGUAGACAUGUCAGUUUCUUGUAAAACGUUUAUGGGGGCAAUAGCUUUCCAGUAAUUACUUUUUAAAUUAUUCAGUGCCAAACGGCAAAUUUUUGGGUUAAUUUUCCACAGAAAUUUGGAGCAGGAGAUUUUCGCUAGUCAUUGGAAUUUAACUAGUCUUUCAUUGUGUUGUAUAGGGAAAAUGCUUGUGAUAUUAUGUAAUAAUUUAUUAGUUUUAAGCAAGUCGUACCAAAAUCAAAAUAGCUGUAAGUGUAAUUAGGUGCCAAAUUUUCGAAGGAAAGCGCUCGCACCGUUUAAAGUAUGUAGGUUAAUAAAGUGCGGGCAAGGGAAAAAGUUUGCAAUAAGCUUAAAGCAGCAACUUACCACACUUAAAAAUCACUUUGAGUUGGAUUAUUUUCAAAACGUGUAAAACACUAGUCUGGUGAAAUCAAGUCCGAAUCUAGUCAUUAAUUAUUUUAGUCAUCACGCUGUAUCUAGUCUAAGUUAGUCUUAUUUAUUUAAUUUAAAUAUAGAAAUAUUGUGUACAUCUACAAACCGCGAGUGAUUCUAGUCAAAAUGUAGUGUGUCACGGGCACAAAUGGUUUUAUUUUUCAAGUUAUUGGAAAAUAAAGCCGAAAUAAAUGUGUUUGAUCUCGGCCCGUUGACGUUAGUUGUAAGCGAUGUACAUUUUUGUAAAUGGAAUGUAAUUUAAUGUAAAUAAAUGCACUGAUGUAUUUAA